AUGACUUUUCACGAUGCAGAGAGUGAAGGAUGGUUCAUAACUGGUGUUUCCCUUCCACCAUUGCUGGAUGACGAUUCAGAGGAAGGCAAUGACGAAGACGGCAACCCAACCCACGAGUUCACUCGUUUAGUCCCCUUCAAGUUACCGCCAGCCCCACGCCUGAAUAAACGGCACUUACACCUGUCAGUUCCGUCCGGUGAUACUAACAGAAGGCAUGUCCUAUCGGUAUGGGAGAGGAAAAACAUUCUCGACCGCUUGAAGUGUCGCGAGCACUUAGAUGAGGGUGCCUUUCAGAAGAAUCUUUCUGAAGCCAUGCAGCGAAACACCAAAGCGCAUCUCCGGAAGGUGCAGAAAAAGGCCCAUCGAGCUAUGCAGGAGACGCAGGGGUUGCUGGAAGCAACUUUCAUUCACGAACAAAAGCGUCGUAAUAUGAUUUUUUACAAAUACAAGCACCUUUUAGAACUGCGUAACAUGGAAAAGUGGAUGAGUCGUGCCCGGUCAUGGCAGUGCAUCAUUGUAUGUCAUAUGUUCCUCACUUCUCUCAUCCAGGAACGCCGGGCGCAGGAAUCGCUGGAGACCUUGACGCGCCUCUUUGGACCUAUGGUUAAGCGAUAUAUUGUCCUUAAGCGUAAGCGCCGUGAGAUUGAAAACAUCUUGGUAAAUAACCUUAGUCACAUUCCCUUUCCGACGCCGCAGUUGGUACAGAAGAUGUCAGGGACCUUCUUUGACGGAUGGCCUCCCAACCUCCUGGAAAAGUUAGUCAGCAAGGCGACUCCAAUGUACCUCAAAAAGGGCACCUACCUGCUACACGAAGGAGAUAUUGGCCGCUCCAUGUUCAUGAUCACCAUAGGAAUAGUGUCCAUUAUCUUGCCCAAGAGAGGAAAGUCAAAGCGACGAUCCAAGGAUAACUCUAGUGGUAUUUUUCAAAUUAAAGCUCCAUGCUACGUCGGAGAGUUCGCGCUGGUUUGCAAAGAGCCACGUUCUGCAACCAUUUACUGCGAGACUGACAUUGGCUUCUGGACCGUCUUGAUGGAGGACUACGAGGCGGUGAGAAAGCACCUGACGCCAGAAGUCGCGAGCAAGCAGAAACAAGCCACAAAUCUUCGCCGCCAACAGAACCUGAAGAGGUUCUUCCCGCUGAAGGUGGAUUUUCUACGUCAAUUGCCCUUCUUUGAGCAAUUCAGUGACGCCAGCCUACAAAGAAUAACAGAUAGCGUGGAGCCGAUUGUGCUGCACGACCGAGACUACUUGUACAACUGCGGGGAUAUUGAUUCCUCGAUGUAUUUUAUCGGUGACGGGAUCGCCAUACUGAGGGAAAGUAAUGGCGAGGAGAAGCAGCUCACUGCGGGAAGUUGUAUUGGCAUUUUUGAGUGUUCCUGUGAUAUUAAUGAGCACAAGCCCAACUCCAUCGUCAGCAUCACUUACUGUGACGUGUGGCGACUGAGGAGGGAAACGCUGAUUGACAUUGGGAUGUCCGAACCCGCCGCACUUCUCCACUGCCGGCGAGCCGCGAGGGCGGAUCGCACGUUGCGCAUCAAGAAGGACCCCAAAAUACCGACAUAUAUCAAAUUAGACCCAUACUUGGCGUUCUGUUUGAAUAAUGCGGCGAUACAUCGCUUUUAUGAACUUUGCACCCCUUGCAUCUGUCUAAAUGGUGAGCGGUUAAUCAUUGCGGGCAGACCCGCUAGUACGCUUAUCAUUCUGCUGAGCGGUGCUGUUGACAUCACGCUGAGGUACAACUCAUCCCAGGAAACCUUUCGGGCGACCAUUUCUUCCCCUUCUUCGCCAGUUUCCUCGACCUCGAAAACACCAGAAGAAAUUUGGGGACUAAACUCGGACAAACUACGAGCCUUUACACGCGUGCUGGGGGCCUACGAAUUUGCAGCCUCGAUAUCCCAAUAUGUAUACACAGUUAAGAGUUUUGGCCUGACUGAGGCCUAUUUUGUCGACAAGGCGAAGCUAGAGGCACUGAUCCCCGACACCUUGAGAUACUUCCUGUACAAUAGCCUCAAAAGCAGAGACAUCGUGCUUCAAGCAUUCAAGACCAAAAACCUUGCCCUGUUGUCCGAAAACCAAUCUAUUAGUUUUACAAGACUGUACAAGACGGCGAGGGAAGCAAAUAAAAAAAGGGAGCCGAAUUGA